CAGGAGCUGUUUUGUAGCUGAGCCAGCUAAGUGUUUUUGAAAGAGGCGCUGCUGUCUGCCUCGGAGACAGUCUGACAUUCAGGAUACGAUGCUGUCAAAGAAGCUAGCGUUGAGUCUGUCGUCGUGACCAGAGCAUGGACAGGCGUGGUAGUGUGGUGGAGCCACAGAGCGGACUCCCCUCACCCAGUCCACGAGACCCCCUGCUCAGUCCUGACUCACACAUGGAUGUUCAGGGGUAUAAGUGGGUGCGUUGGCGGGUGUGGUUGUGUCGUCUGGCUGCCGUGCUGUCCUUGGGUGUCCUCCUGAUUGUGUUUCACUGGCGCCCGCGGCUUGCUGUCCUCGCCCGCUGCUGCUCCUGCCCUCUGGCUUUGGCAGAUAUUCUGCUACUAAGAGACAGUUUUGGCCAACAGCAUGUGGUGGAGGUCCACAAAGUGGAGAUGGAGGAGGGCAGUUUGGAGAGCUUGGGAGAUUUAGAGGACAUGGAAUGGAGAGAUACAGUUCAGCUAUACAAGGAGGAGAAAACAGUGCUGCGCUACUACCUGUAUGAAGGACUGCGCUACAUCUGGCUGGACAGGAAAGGAGCUUUCUGUCGUGUUAGUGUCCUCAAUGAGGACUGGAGCUGCAGGGACCUGUAUGGCUUCCAAAAGGGCCUGAGUCACCUGGAGCAGAGCAUGAGGAGACGCGUGUAUGGGCCCAACCUUAUUGAUGUGCCUGUGAAGCCUUACAUAAAACUGCUGUUUGAGGAGGUCCUCAACCCAUUCUAUGUGUUCCAGUUGUUCAGCAUCACCCUGUGGAUGAUUGAUAAUUAUUUUAUUUAUGCCAUAAGUAUAUUAAUAGUCUCCAUUUUGUCCAUCUGCAUCUCACUCUAUGAUAUCCGCAAGCAAAGCGUCACUCUACGAAACAUGGCCCGGCUUGUCACAAAUGUCACAGUACGGAGAAAUUCAGGUGUGGAGGAGUGUGUGAGUUCGGAGGACCUGGUGCCUGGCGACUGUAUAAUCAUCCCCCAGGAAGGUCUGCUGGUUCCCUGUGAUGCGGCCCUGCUGGCAGGGGAGUGUCUUGUCAACGAGGGCAUGCUCACAGGUGAAAGUGUCCCAGUGCUGAAAACCCAACUGCCGGCUGGUGAGGGGACGUACAGCUCAGAGACUGAGCGCAGACACACCCUCUUCUGUGGUACUCAGCUCAUUCAGGCGAAAGGUGGAGGGCCCGGUGGCAAUGGUGCUAUUGCUGUGGUCACAAGCACUGGGUUUUUCACAGCCAAAGGUAACCUGGUCAGCUCCAUUUUGUAUCCUCAGCCGACCAACUUCCGCUUUUACCAAGAUUCUGCAAAGUUCCUGCUCGUCCUGGGUUUCAUUGCUUUUUUAGGUACCAUUUACAGUUUUGUGGUCCUUCUCAGAACCAAGGCAACCUGGUUCGAGAUGGUGAUUAGGAGCUUGGAUAUUGUGACCAUCGCAGUGCCUCCUGCCUUACCUGCUGCCAUCACCACUGGAACUAUCUACGCCCAGCGUAGGCUCAAGAGCCAGGGCAUCUUCUGCAUCAGUCCACCACGCAUCAACAUCUGUGGCAAGGUCUCAGUAUUCUGCUUUGACAAGACAGGAACUCUUACCGAAGAUGGUCUGGAUGUGUCUGGAGUGAUGGAGGGAGGCCCUUCAGGUUUCUCUGAGCUGGUCUCAGAACCCAGAUUCCUUCCCCCUGGGCACAUGCUCUCAGGCCUGGCCUGCUGUCACACUGUGACACUGUUAAGAGGUGUGCCUCUCGGAGACCCUCUGGAGCUCAAGAUGGUCGAGUCCACUGGUUGGACACUCGAGGAGCCAGUGGGAGAUGGAAAGGUGCUGGAUGCAGAGUUUGGGGGCCACAAAGUUUUGGCUGUUAUGAGACCUCCGACUUCCACCAGCGAGGCGGUGGCCAUUCUCAAGAGGUUUCCCUUCUCCUCGGCUCUGCAGAGGAUGAGUGUGGUGACGGUGGCACACGGAGGUCGCUCAGCUCUCGCCUUCAUGAAGGGAUCCCCAGAGAUGGUGGCCAGCCUCUGCCAAGCAGAAAGUGUGCCUGCGCAAUUCUCCAGCAAACUGCGCAACUUCUCCAGUGAAGGCCUCAGGGUUCUUGCACUCGCCUACAAACCAUUAGACAGGAACACAGAUUUUAAGACCAUUGAACGAGGGGAGGUGGAGAAAGACAUGAAGUUCCUGGGUUUAAUGAUGAUGAAGAACCUGGUGAAGCCAGAGAGCCCCAAAGUUAUUAACAUCCUGAGACAGGCACAUCUUCGCAACAUCAUGGUCACUGGCGACAACAUUCUAACAGCAGUCAAUGUAGCAAAGAGCUGUGGGAUGGUGGGGUCUGAUGAGAAGGUGAUAUUCGUCAAUGCAACCCCGCACACUGCCCAGUCCACGCCCACGCUGACUUUCAACCUGGAAGAAGGAGGGAACAUUGACACCCAUAGUUCUGUAGAAGUCAUCACGCAGGGCCUGUACCAGGGUGGUUUUAGCUAUCAUUUGGCUAUUAGUGGCAAGUCCUUUGCUGCCCUUUGUGACCACUUCCCAGAGUAUCUCCCAAAGGUUUUGUUGCGAAGCACGGUUUUUGCACGCAUGACUCCUGACCAGAAAACCCAGCUGGUGAAGGAACUGCAGAAACUGAACUACCGAGUGGGUAUGUGUGGGGACGGAGCCAAUGACUGUGGGGCCUUGAGAGCUGCUGACGUCGGGGUUUCCCUGUCUGAAGCAGAGGCUUCGGUCGCUUCACCUUUCACCUCCAAGACUGAAAACAUCAGCUGCGUGCCGCUACUCAUAAGAGAGGGACGAUGUUCCCUGGUCACCUCCUUCAGCCUCUUUAGAUACAUGGCACUGUACAGCCUCAUUCAGCUGUGUGCCGUCCUCAUCCUCUACACGGUGAAGACGAGCAUGGCUGACCUGCAGUUCCUGUUCUGUGACUUUUUUCUGGUGACUCUGCUGGCCAUUGUGAUGGGGAGAGGAGGUCCCAGUAAGGAGCUGCAUUCCCGCAGACCUCCAGCUACUCUGCUGGCUCUCCCUGUCCUGGGCAGCAUGUUCAUCCACAUUUGUACGAUCAUCCUGGGCCAGCUGGGUGCUCUCUUCAUCACCACCUCACAGGACUGGUAUAUUCCACUCAAUUCGACAGUGUAUGGAACAGAGAAUCUCCCCAACAUGGAGGACACCAGUGUGUUUUCCUUGUCAGGUUUCCAGUACAUCAUCAUGGCUGCAGUGGUUACUAAGGGCUACCCUCAUAAGAAACCUUUCUACCACAAUGUGAUUUUCCUCUGCCUGCUGCUUGUCCUUUUUGCCGUAAUGACUUGGCUAGUGGUGUAUCCUGGACCUUUCAUUUGCAAACUAUUUAAACUGUACAACUUCACUGAUAUGGAUUUCAAAGUGCUGCUCGUCGCCGUGGCUGCUCUCAACCUGCUCAUUUGUUUUGUUACAGAGCUUCUGAUAGACAUGGGCCUUCUGAACUGUCUUCGAUUGCUGCAUGGGAGUCGCGAGUCAAAGAAACAAUACAAACGUCUGGACGUCCUUCUGUCCAACACCCCAUCGUGGCCGCCUCUCAAUCAACCGCUGCCCCCCACAAAUCAAACAGUCAUCUUCCUUAGCUAGCAUCUGCUUGCCCCUAUGUUGGACACUGUCAGUCAGACGAGCCAAACAAUGCUGUGGAACAAUUUCCCAACUUGAACAAUGCAAAGUUAUGUUUACCUCAUUAAUAAAAACAUUUUUUUAUGUAAA